AUGACUUCCACCAGCAAAACAUUUGAAGCUGGCGGUCCCUUUGAGGUGGAGAACCAGGGCUAUGUCGUCGAUCAAGAGAAGCAUGUUUACAACGAUGGCCCUCGUCGCGCCAGCAUGGUCGGAUCUGUAAAUGCAGUCAGCGACCAGACGCAACGCAAGCUCAAGAGCAGACACAUUCAGCUCAUUGGUAUUGGUGGGACGAUUGGAACGGCGUUGUACGUUCAAAUCGGUAUCGCCGAAAUGGUUACUUUUCUCCCCAUAUCCUCGCCAUUCAUCCGAUUCGCAGGGCGCUUUGUAGAUGAUGCUUUCGGCUUUGCCGCUGGCUGGAACUUCUUCGUCUUUGAAGCUGCUCUCGUUCCUUUCGAGAUUGUGGCUUGUAACCUCAUCAUCGGAUUUUGGAGCGAUGCCGUGCCUCCUGGUGGUAUCAUUGCCAUUGUGCUUUUUCUUUAUGCUCUCAUCAACAUGAUGGCUGUCAAAUGGUAUGGAGAGACCGAGUUCUGGGCUGCUAUCGGCAAAGUCCUACUCAUCAUCGGCCUGCUCAUCUUCACCUUCAUUUCCAUGUUGGGCGGUAACCCAGAGAAAGAUCGGUACGGAUUCCGGUAUUGGAAAAAUCCCGGCUCGUUCGCGGAACUCUACUACAAGGAAGAACUCGGUCGCUUUCUCGGCUUCCUCCAGUGCUUGAUUCAAGCCUCCUUUACGAUUGCUGGACCGGACUAUGUCUCCAUGGCUGCCGGAGAGACGGAGAACCCACGCAAAGUAAUGCCGCGUGCUUACAACGCUGUGUUCUACCGUCUCACCACAUUCUUCGUACUUGGUUCGCUAGCCGUAGGUAUCAACGUACCAUACAACGACCCAGUAUUGAUUGGUGCUUUGCGAGAUGGAAAACCAGGAGCGGCAGCUUCACCCUAUGUCGUCGCCAUGAACAGGCUCCGCAUCGAAGGCCUUCCCCAUGUUGUCAAUGCCGGAGUCCUAGCCUCUGCCUUCUCCGCUGGAAACUCGUACGUCUACUGUGCAUCGCGCUCGCUCUUCGGUCUAGCCCUAGAGGGCAAAGCGCCCAAGUUUUUAACAAAGUGCACAAAGCAAGGUGUACCGUUUUACUGCGUCCUCUUUGUCCUUCUAAUCGCCCUGCUAUCGUUUCUACAGCUUAGUGCAAACUCUGCUGUAGUCUUGAAUUGGUUCGUUUCUCUAGUUACGGCAUCCCAGCUUAUCAACUUCAGUGUCAUGUGCUUUACCUUUUUGCGCUUUUACAAGGCGUGUCAGGUGCAGGGGUUGGAUCGCAAUACUCUGCCGUAUAGAGGCAUAUGCCAGCCGUACGCUGCAUACUAUGGCCUUGUGUGCACAUUCGUGAUGGCUUUUGUUGGCGGCUACACUGUAUUCUUGAAGGGCCAGUGGGAUGUGCCCUCCUUCUUGUUUUCUUACCUCAUGAUCUUCAUAUUCCCCACGCUCUUUGUUGGAUGGAAGAUCCUCAAGAAGACAAAGUGGGUUCCGUCGCAUGAGGCGGACCUGGUGUCUGAUUUGGCCGAGAUUGAGGAAUAUCACCAUAACUACGUGGAGAAGCCAGAGACGAACCCGUUCAACCGCUUGCUUGAUAAGAUGUUUGGGUAA